AUGGCUACCCCCGAAUUAUUCCCUCGCAUUCUCGCUGCCGAGAUUGAUGGGCGCAUGCACAGCAUCCGCUAUCGCCAAACCCAAUUCCAUCGAUUACAGUCAGCUCUAGUUCAGCAUAUUGAGGAGAUCAGAUAUGCCAUCCUCGAAGAAUCUGGACACUCCUUAGAAGAAAUUUCCGCCGAAAUUUGCCUGGCUCUGGAUGAGAUCAGGAGUCACUACACCUCCUUGGACCUGAAUAAGGAUCUUCAAGAGGAAUACAGUAUAGCGCAUGGCAAGAAUAGACGAGGCAGACGCGGUGCUGGAAUCGUGUACAUCAUACCGAUCGAUCAUACUCUGUUUUAUUCGGUCAUUUCCGUCCUCGCUGCCGCUUUAGCCGCAGGGAACUGCAUUAUACUGGAGCUGGCGCGAGCUACACAAGUUAGCGCUUUGUUGCGGAAGAUCCUGGUAGAAGCUUUUGAUCAGGAUAUUUUUGCAAUCAGUGAACAGAGGCCCGACGAUGAAUUCCUCAGUCGGACCGUCGUGAUCAAUCAACAAAUCAACUUCUCUGCAUCAUCUGUGGACUCUAGAGCUAUAGCUGUUGUUGACCGUACGGCCGAUAUUUCUCAGGCAGCCGAAGCACUGGCAUCGGCUCGUUUCAGAUUCGGCGGGCGUUCUCCAUAUGCACCCGACAUUAUCCUGGUCCACGAGUUUAUCUUGAAAGACUUUAUCGAAUCUGUUACACGGGCAUCUUGGAGCCACUGUGCAGUGGAAAGCAAAAGGUCUAUUGCUGAACAUCCGUCGGACAGAUCACUACUCAAAGAGACCGAAAGUGUCUAUGGGGCACGAACAGUGGUUUCUGGCUCAGACUGGGGCAUAGUAGAGGUACAAGAUCGAGACUCACCACUAUUACUUCAGAAGGUGAAUGAGAAGGUCCUGCUAGUUCACCCUAUCACUAGUCUUGACGAUGCCAUCGACACUGUGCAGCGAAAUGGUUCACCAGCAGCUUCCUACAUAUUCGCAAACCCUGAGUCUGCAAAGUACUUAGCCCAAUUCAUUGAUGCCCACUUAUCGUGGGUCAAUCAUACUCCAAUGGAUAUGCUUAUCGGCCCUGCCAUUCCUGACAAAAGUGCUCCUGGGGAAAGUACACGUUAUUCGGUCGAUAUUUUCGAGGUGCCCAGGUCGCAAAUAGUCAUCGAAGGGAUGGCUUCAUCCAAGGUCAAGACUUUCCUCGCUGCAACGGGGACUCAAACUGCCGCGAAAAUAUGGCAAACUUCUACUGCACCUUUGAAGCCUACGGGACAACGACCAGGCAAAGCCGUAGGACACUUUGAACAGGGAUUGAUUUCUGGAGGAAUAGUUGCACUGAUCUCGGUCUUAGCGAUUACUUCUACUGUUGGGUAUUAUGCUGUAACAUACGGCUCGAAGUUAGCUUCGAGAAUUUGA